AAUCUUGACUUCAAUGAGGAUUUUGGAAGGGACUCCUACGACAUGAAGGACAACGCUAUGCAGGCGACGGAUCCCUUAUCCUCAACUAUACAAGGCCAUCAGCUUAAUGUCAGCAAUUCAGUACAAGGACACAACAGUAAACCAUCUAACCACGACUUAUUUACGAGGUCAGAAUUGAAGAAACGUAACUCAGGCCUAAAGCCGUCAAGUAAAGAGACUAGAGAUGUCCGUCAAUUGAAGCCGACCAAAGAAUCUGCGGAAGAAAUUAGGCAUUUCCUUAAGUACCACUACCUUCGGAACCGCAGUCAUGAUUCUGCUAUAGAGAUCAUAUACGAUCGAAAAAGCUCGCUAGGCAAAUUUAUUUUGACCUCUCAGGAUACACUACUAUGACGCGACGUCGAUUAAUGACGGCACUUAAGCAUGUUAGGUUCGAUGAUAUUCUACAGCAUGUAGAAGUGCCACAUAUAACUAUUGAAGGUAAUGACUCCUUGCCAAACACCCCUAAACUUCGUGAGUAUUCGGCAAAAACGGAGUUAGGCGGCAACGGACGUGCGGAUCUAGUGUUUAUAUUUAGAUGGCUACGAAGCAAGGGUGUACAAACAAUAAUCCAGGUCAUUGUCGACGACUUAGGGUCUACAGCCCACGGAGAUGAAUCAAUUGAAAAAGCACUCAGUGGCUUUGGGGUUGAGAUUUGGAAUUGGAAGAAGAGGGACUUAUGCUCCGAGGUAAUCAUCAACGCAGCGCCAAAUGUGCAAGUCGUAUAUCUAUACUGGAGUGGAAAUAACGCCAUUCUACGGGGUUGGUGUGACGAAGGUGGUUUGAAGAAAUUGAAAGGGUUGCGGAAAAUCCAUAUUCAUGGCCAGCAGGGCUUUGACUCUUACUCUCGCACUGAGUCUAAUCUCGAGUACUUCAAAAGUCGGAUGAUCACGACGAACCCAAAUAUCGAAAUAACAUGGGACGGACUGCAAGCUGUAAGAGAGCCACAGGCAGCCAGAGCCGCUCUCCCACAACUGCCUCGCCAGCCUGCCCAAGAUCACUGGAUUAAGUGUAUGACUGAAUUCAGAAGGUUUCUCUUUCAGGCAGAAGCCAAUUUCAAUAAGAGCCAGAAUGUGGUAGUCGAAGACAAGAUUGACGAACCAGUAAAGGUGGCGCUAAUUGACGAUGGUAUUAACAUUAAUGAAUUGGAAUGUUAUCCGGUAGGUGGGAGGAGUUUCUGCCCGAGAACAGAGGACAAGGCUUUCAAUUAUCCGUAUUAUGUUUCGAGCAGUGGCCACGGCACAGCUAUGGCGAGCCUUAUAUAUAGGAUAUGUCCACGAGCACAGCUCUAUGUCCUGAAACUAGCGGACCAUGUAGGUCGUGACGGGAGUCGUCAGAUCACAGCUAAGAGUGCUGCACGGGCAAUCAGCGAAGCCGUAAGGAUGCAAGUCCAUAUCAUCUCAAUGUCUUGGACUAUCGACCCCCCUAAAGACGAGAAAACACGAAUUGAACUAGAAAGUGCGAUUGGCGAGGCAGUGAAGAAGAAAAUUCUCCUUUUCUGCUCAGCAAGCGAUGGCGGAGCAAAAGAAGACCACAGCUACCCUUGGAUAGCAGCUCGUGACAGGAUUUUCAGAAUCGGAGGGGCACACGCAUCAGGCCGAACAGAUGAUGAAGUCGGCAGUACAAGUCAAAUAAAUUUUACAUUCCCCGGGAAUGAUGUUGCCCUGGAAGGCGUCGGUUUAAACCAAGAAGUGAAGUAUCGAACCGGUUCUUCGGUUGCUACAGCACUUGCUGCUGGUCUCGCCGCUCUAAUACUUUACUGCGUUCAAAUCCGAAUACUGCGUGGGAGUAAGGAGGAUGCCGAAGUAUAUAAAUCCUACUUUAGACAAUUAACGGAUCACGACCAAAUGGUGAAGGUAUUCAGGAGAAGCAUCGGGGUUACAGAGGAAAGUAAUUAUAAGUAUAUCGCAGUAUGGGAUACGUUCGAAAAGCCUAUCAAGCUGAGCAAGGAAAAGGAUCCAGAAAGAUGGAUUGACCUAAUUGCUAGGGUUGGUGAAGAGCUUUGUAUGAAAAUUUCAACUUCAUAAAUCCUACUCGAAGUAGAUAGCUUAGACUAGAUCGCCAAAUGCCACCUAGGUACCUACCUACCUAAACUAAUAUAUGCUUCGUUAGAUACUACGUUAGGCAUAUACAUCAAAAUCAG